CGUCGAAGUACUGCCACCAGUAAACAGGUGGCCAACGGUGUCAACCAAAGUGAUAAUGGAUUGACUGUAUUGUUAUCGACUAAUGUCUUUGACUUUGACGUCGAGUUUAAGAAAGUUUACGGAUUUUGUUACAAAACCGCAUCAAAUCAAUCGCAACAAGAGAUGAGAUCCUUUGAUCAGUCAUUGAAGUCCAAGAAGACCGUCGCCUCAAUGAUAGUCCAGCCGUCGGACAGUAAGGCUAAGACUACGGCAGCCGUGGCUAAAGAUAAUGCGAAACAGGCGGAGAAAACGGCCGCCAAAGCCAAUGGCGAGCCAUCGGCGGCCACCACUCAGACGGAUAUCAUGAAAAAGUUGUCUCAAAUGGCGGCGAAGAACACGACGUCACCGAAGACUAAGAAAGUGGUGGUGAAGAAGGAGGCGGUGAAGAAAGAGAAGGGCAAACGGGUCUGGGAUUUGGGCGGUAGGACCGACCAGAACCUGGACUUCAGUAGGCGCUCGAACGGGGACGACGAGUACAGUGUCAACGAGUCGUCCAUCGCUAAGAACGUGGCCAACGCUGACGAUUACAGCGCGUACGACACCAUUGAUAUGCAACCGGACCUCGAGUUUGAAGUGGAAGACGAGGAAGAGGAUGAGGAAGACGAUGAGGAGGAAGAGAUGGUGAAGACAGCGAAACCCAAGAGUUCGUUCUUCGGCUCAUUCCUCAAGACUAUUAACUACAAUAAGGCGCUGACGGCCGCAGACUUGGAACCCAUACUAAACCAAUUGAGGGACCAUUUGAUCGCUAAGAACGUGGCCGCAGAGAUAGCGACCAAACUCUGCGAGAGUGUGUCCACUAAACUCGAGGGCCAAUCAGUGAACACAUGGCUCGGACUCAAGGGUUUCGUACGACAGGCGCUCGAAGACUCGAUUCUCCGUAUAUUGAGUCCCAACCGAAACGUCAAUAUAUUGCGAGACAUUGGGGCCAAGUCUUCGCCGUACGCCAUAGUCUUCUGCGGCGUGAAUGGUGUGGGAAAGUCGACUAAUUUGGCUAAAAUAGCCAAUUGGCUGAUAGUGAACAACGUACGGGUGCUGGUGAUCGCGUGCGACACCUUCAGGGCCGGCGCCAUCGAACAGCUUCGGACACACAUAACGGCGCUUAAGAGUAUCCACGAAAGGGACGGGAAGUCUAAAAUAGAUCUAUUUGAAAAGGGUUACGGCAAGGACUCGGCCGCCAUAGCCAUGGAGGGCAUAAACUACGCCCGUACUGCGGGCUACGGGUGCUGUCUCGUGGACACGGCUGGCCGUAUGCAAGGAAACGAACCGCUGAUGAAACAGUUGGCAAAACUGAUUAAGAUUAACGAACCGGACCUCACUUUGUUUGUGGGCGAAGCACUGGUAGGCAAUGAAGCCGUCGAUCAGCUCACCAAAUUCAAUACAGCGCUUCUCGAUAAUGGCUGCCGUGGUGUCACUUCUAACUCUUCGGCUAUCAAUGGCAUCGUAUUGACUAAGUUCGACACCAUUGAUGAUCAGGUCGGCGCCGCCAUAUCGAUGACUUACAUCACUGGACAACCGAUUGUCUUCGUGGGCGUCGGGCAGACGUAUCGCGAUUUGAAACAAUUGAACGCCAAAGCAGUGGUCAAAGCGUUGAUGAAG